AUGUCUCGCACCGAGAAGAGAAAUGCAAUUCCGUUUCCAAUGAGGAGAAAUCAAAACAGUGACCUAGGGCGGACUCGAACCGCCGACCUUCUGUGUCACUGCUGUGGUGGAAAUGUAACGCAACAAGACAAUUUCGAUUCCGCUCCCAAUGAGAAGAACUCGAAACAGAGAGCUCGGGCGGACUCGAACCGCCGAAUUUCUGUGUGUGAGACAGAUGUGAUAACCACUACACCACGAGAUCGCCGCAGUAGACAGAUGCAAGCACAGCUGUGA